GCUAUACGUACAUGCAGUGAAAUGAUUUCUUGGAGGGCCCUUCAUCCAGUCUUCAUCUCCAAACUUUCGCUCUUCUCUUCCUCCUCAACGCCCCCGUCGCUACAGCCCGCUCUCGUCGUUCAGCGAGCGCAUUCAAUCUUCAAAAUGCACUCCAUAUCUGACCUGACAACAUUCUGUCGGAAGACGACCGGUGAUGUCCCUCCGAAACUUGUGGGCGCUUCUACCACAGUCGUAGGGUCUAAGAUGUAUCUUUUCGGUGGGCGUCUGGUCACAGAGCGCCGCAUGGUCUCCGAUCUAUACGUGUUCGACUUGGACACAUUCGUCUGGCAGAGAAUCACGCCAUCUCAGGAGGAUGAUAUCCCUGAAGCAAGAUAUUUUCACUGCACAGAGACCUGGAACAAUCAACUGAUUGUUUUCGGUGGUAUGGGCAGCACCCCAAACUCCAAUAAUCCAGAAGACCUUUGUGUACUCAACGACGUUCGUUUCUUCGACUUGUCAAUAAUGCACUGGCUUCCUGCAGCUGCAACCAACUGCGCCUCUGCCGAGUCUAGCGCAGAGACUUUGGUUCCCAAACCUCGAUACGCUCAUCUAUCAUCUGUUUCAGCUGAUCGUCUUUUCAUCAUCGGAGGCCAAGAUCUAUCGAAUAUUUGGUUGGAUGACAUCUAUGUGUACGAUCUAUUGGGUAAAGCUUGGGUCCAGCGCCGAAACUUUCCCCAUCAUUGUGGUACCUAUCGUAGCGUAGCCGUCUCUUCAAACCAACGUGUCCGAUUACCGCAGGAAGAAGUCCACUCGACGGAUACUACCACCAUGUUAGGUCCCCCUGGGGCACGAUUUCGUCCUGACAAGUCCCCCCCUUCAGCCCAGGCCUUCACUUCAUCCGAUUCAUUUAUCCACAUGCCGUACUCAGCACCCCCAACUGACGACUUUCCGAAUGACAUCUAUCUAUACAGCAACUAUAACUUCACAGAUGUCAAGCGAGAAUUUGAGGUCUUUUCCCCUCUACCCGACACAGAUUUCACUAUCACCGAUCGUUCCGCAGACAUGACUGGCACAGCAUUCCCUCCAGGUCUCCGGUUUCCUUCAGGAGCUAUCCUGGGCACACACUUCAUCAUCGCUGGCACGUACCUGGCGCAUACAUACCAAUCUUAUUCUAUCUGGGCGUUAGACAUGUUGACCAUGACUUGGUCUCGUAUUGACCCCGGGAGCGCCGUGGCUACUGGGUCCUGGUUUCGUGCCUGUUUGUGGGCUGAGGCGAAUAAAUUUGUAGUCUUCGGAAACCGGAAUGGCAAUCUCAUCGAAGACUACAACCGACGGCUUCUCAGUUGGGAUCACGUUGCUGUGAUAGAUCUGGAGUCGUUCGGAAUCUAUCAACCUCCACCUCUGCAGAUUGAUAUACCAAUGCAGGAGUUUGGAUUAUCAGCCCUAGAAGAGAGUAUUCUUACCGAAUUUGAAAUCAUCUGUGACGAUGGGCGCAAGAUCAAAUGUUCAAGGAAGACUCUCGAAGAGCGUUGGCCUUGGUUCAGGGACCAAAGGAACAAGUUCUUGGCGCGGGCACGACAGGCGAUAGAGAUCCUGCCAACAUCUUCCAUGGACGUCGGGCUUCCGGACCUCCCCGGCGCACCAGGUUCUUCGGAAGCACGACCAGACCCACGUCUCACGCCGCGCGCCUUCAAUCUAUCCGAGCCUUAUCCUAUCACACUCGCGCUGUUGCAAUAUUUUUACUCAUUAGCGCUUAUCACCCCGCUUCAGCAUGCACCUGCGGUGUUGAGCCAAUUGCUGAUCCUCUCGAGUACUUAUCAGAUUCACCACCUCGAAUCCCUUGUAAAACACGCAAUGCACCGGGCUCUUUCGAAUUCAACUUCUGUCGGUGUGUACGAAGUGGCCACACUAUGUAGCUGUCGAAGUCUUCAGAUUAGGGCACUCAAGACAGUUAUGUCCUAUAGCCAGAAGAGGACUGGUCGUUCCCGCGCUGACAGUAAAAGCGGAGGCGGUGGUCGUAAUCCAGACCCCAGUGAUAGCGAUAACCCUGUUCGUGGUUCGAGUGGCACUGCCCCAACUUCAAGUCACACCCGUGGUGGUGGUGGUGGUGGUGGCGGCGGCGUUUCAGACGCAAAGUUCCCUAGCUCUCUUGACCAGCAGAGCAAUACAGGGUCGACAACAAGGGGCUAUACGGCUAACUCCACUUUUCCCACUCAUGAUGGAGUAUCAUGUCAAACUUCGGCUGCCUCCGCAACUGCGACAGUUUCUGAAGUGACAAAUCCUUCACAUAAGAACACCCCGUCUGAAAGUACGUUGACGCCACGACGAAAACGAUCCAUGGUACACCAUCGCAGGACACCCAGCACCAUUUCGGCGCAGACGGACUUUGAGAUAUGCGCCGUAGCCGACCUACUAGCACCUUCGGUAGCGCAUUCGCGGAGCUACGCCGAAGAGCAAGAGCGCGUUGGUGUUCCACUGGAUAAUUUCGAUGACUUCAUCGAUCCCAGCAAUUGUAUUCAUACUGCAGGACAGGUUCCUAUGACUGCAUACCUUCUUCUAGAGCACGAAGAACCACUUUCUCCUUCCUUCGGAUCGCAUUUCCAGAUAAGCUCAACCACUCAUUCGGAAUCCGAAUUCGAUAUCUCCUCAGACGAUCAAUCCUUCCCUUACACUCCGUCCAACUCCUCCUACCCUGCUUUCCACCUUCCUCGCCGGACGAGGACGCGGUCACGUGCUAGCAUCGGGCACAUAAGUGUCAGUGACAGCGACACGCCCUCCUUGUCGUCAUCAACAACGUCUUUCAGCUCAACUGGCAGUAUCUCGCGCUCGCACUCAUACUCAACAUCACCUCCCACCAGCCCUGCCACCCUCAAGACUCCCAUUGACCAUCCAGCUGUUGCGAACCAACAGCUUACUAUCAUUGAGGAGCGAUUAGGAGAAGACCAGGAGAUCACCGGUCGCCACUAUUCACAGGGUUCGGGAAGCAUAAACUUUUCGCCUGACUAUGCAGCAUCAUCGCCACGGAAGCCAUUCGCCCCACGAACUCCUGAUCUGCGACCGAAGGGUCGCGUGUUCAAUGUAGAACACCUGCGACUCAACGUUCAACCCCCAGCUACCCACAAUUUCCCAUCCAUAUCACCUGCGCCUUCUUCGACCUUUGACAUUGGCUCACCCAUGAGCAGUAACUUUUCCCCGGGAACCGCCUAUCCAUAUUUGACCAGCCCUUACACCACAAAAUCCUCUAUGAACCGUUUUAUCCCCUCGGGCUCUAAAAGUGACAAGGCUCCGAGCUUCCUUGAAAGCGCGUGGUCAGCGUCUCCGACUGCGAGCGUUGUGACAUCAAAGACAGCUCGCAAGGAAGACGGCAAAGCAGAGAAGGCGCGUAAAUCGGAGGAAAAGAAGCGAAAGAAGGCGGAGGCCAAAGCUGAGGCCAAGGCCAAGGUGGAGAGACUGGCGGAGGAGUUGAAAGAGCGCCAACGACGCAAAGCUUCUACGCUGGACAGGCAGUCAGUACACUCCGGUCGGUCAUUUGGCCGUGGUACACGACGGCAUUGGGACGCUGACAUUGCGAUGUACGAUGGUUUGGGCGCCCUCUGAGAUCUGAUUGGUUGUACUUUGCUUUCAUUUGCUUUUCACUAUCCUUGCUUGUUCCUAGAUUUCAUCGUACAUAUCAGUUCAUUUUGCAUACAUUUACAAUGUUGUCCUAUCUGUCAUUAAUGUACCACGCGAUGUACCGGAUUAGUCUCAAACCUAUUGGAAACCACAUUCCAAGCGGCUAUGAGGGGAAGAUAAAAAUGACUAUUAUAAUGGAAGAGAAAGGGAGACACGAAGUCGCCGCGGCAAUGACAAUGACAUCUGAGCCAGUCAUUGAAGGUGUUCCACGUACAACCUGAACUCCGUCACAGCAUUAAGCUCGU